AGCUCAACCCAGCCAUCGCCACAACACUCGCAGCCAACUUCGUGCUACGAGGGCUGAGGAGAGCGACGCUUUCCUUCGCGCCAUAUUCUGGGGCACCCACAGUAUAUAGUUGGAGGUAAGCGACAUUGUUUUCGCUGGUGCUCACGCGUAGCCUCUUAUUUAUUUAUUUAUUUCUUGAGAAUGCGAAGACUGAAGUCGCAUCGAGCAUUAGACCAUUUGUGGUGGUCGGCGCUGCCUCGGUGUGCUCCGACGUUGGCCUGCGUCUCCUCUCGCCGCCUCUGUGCUGCCUUUCCCGUACAGCAAAUCACGCCUGCCAGCCCGGUGCUGCACUCCACGCUCGCAGAUGCACAUAUUCAUGCAAGCUGCCUGUUGGCCGAGAUGCUCCACACACGGCAGCCUACCUCGUUAGCGGCGUACGUGCAGGUGACAAGGGAGUGGUGGCGGGCAGUGGAGCAGCUCGUGCUGCUGCCCGCCGCAGCGGAAGAAAUUCACGACCUUCCGCAGUACUUAGCGGAGCUCGCGGGCGUCCCGAGACAGCACACAAACGAAGACAACACAUUAGAAAAACUGCACAACGAAGCGGGCACACUGUUGGAGAAGUGGGAGGAGUGGGUGUGGACGAGUGUGCCGAGUACGAUGCCCACCGCAGCGGCAUUCAAUGAGACCAUCGACGAGGAUCAAGGUGCCACACGCAGCGCGUUUGGCCACCGUGACGUCUUGUCCUUCCCGCUACUGACCAGCCUCCUCUACUCCUAUAGUCGAUAUCAUCGCGGUGUGCGCUGGGGUGCGGCUCGGCCCAACCAACGCCACCACGGCAGCAACAGUGGCACGAACGAGCACGCAAAAAGCGGUGGUGCCGCCGCCGCUGCGUACUACCGCAGGCGAUACCUCCUGCACCCCUGGCACGGCUUGUGCUGCCCCGAGGGCACCGCGGAGCAGAUGCCGUACGUGCAUGUUCUGCGAUGGAUGUUGGCGGGUAAGGAGUCUAGCACACCGCCGGAGGAGGUGUGGCGUCAGCAUAAAGCGUUGGCGCACUUCCGCAUGCCUGCUGCCGCUGCCACCGACGCCCCUUUUCGUGCGUUAGAUGUUUGCAGCCAGAGUGGGUAUGUAACGGAUCUGCUGCUGAGGGCCGGAGCCGACCUCGUGGUGGCCGCCGACGCCGAUCCACACGCGCUGGGAAACACCGAAGCGACCUUUCACGAGCACGUCCGCGAACAGCGCAGCAAGCGCCGCGACCAGUUGCUGCUGACUCGCCGCUGCGACCGCUUGCCGAUGCCGCGCAAACACGAUGAGGACGAUGAGAUAUCCAGGAAGCUGCAAGAAGCACAGUUCAGUAGCGGCACGGCGGACGUAGACGCUACAAGCGCUACCGCGGCAGAGCGACGCCGUCGGCGAGCGCGAGAAGAAGGCCGCGGGUACACUGGGAUGCGCCUCGGUGCAGAAAACACUGCGGACAGCGCCGCGCCGUCUCUGGCAGAAUCGCGUGCGAGUGCGGAUGGGAGCCCUUUUCAGGUGGUUUACAUUCACCCCCCAGCUUCGACCACGGUGUGGCCGGUCACCUCUGCGCACGGUGGAGCUCAGGCGUCGCUGCAGAGCACGUCGUGGUGGCAGUCUCUCCUGCGCAAAGCAGCCGACGACGGUGUAUCACAGCAGCUCCUUCUUCCUUUUCUGCCAUGCGAUGCUGUUCCUGCAGCAGGUCGGCGCAGCCCGCUUGCUACGUGGUCGGGACUACGGCACACCAUUGAAGCGCUGCGCGGCGACGUAACGGAACGACGGCCUACGGCGUUGCCCGACUCUGUAGAAGGAGGAGAAACCCUCGCAGGUAGGGAGCCCCAAUUUAGUCGUGGCAGCGACGCUCUUCUUUGCGAUGACGGUUACGUGGUGUUGGUGCUGCCACGCACGUACGAUGUCGAUCUUCUUUUGCGCGAGGGCGAGCAGCAGAACAGCCCGUCGCUGGCUGACUGGGUCGUAGCGCAGCUGGACGGUUAUUACGACCUCGUACUUCGACGUCGGUGUCUGGCACACGCUUCAGCCUCGCCUGCGUCUGCAGCUGCGCAGCUGAACGCCUUUGAGGAGGCACUGGUGACGUAUCCACGCCGUGUUCAGCACUUGGAGGAGCAGAGCGGUGAAGAUGAACACGGUACGUCACAGAACGCAUCGUCUCGUUCUGCUGCUGCUGUUGAUGCGGCACCGUGGAAAGGGCAGCUGACACGGCUGUACCAGAAGGAGUGGUGGCAGGAUGUGUUGGUCUUCACAAAGAACCCCGCCAUGGUGCGUCGAUGCGCGGCUGCACGCCACAACUCUCCGUCGCUGUCGCCGCAACGACUUUCCAUGAUGCAGCGGGGGAAGAGGAAGCAGGACGGCGUGGCGUGGGAGGACUCCUUCGAGUACAACGAGUACCACCCCCGCGACGCCGCCCAGCUCACCAGCCAUCACUGGACCGAUCUGAUGCCGACCUACUCGUACUUGGAGCCAGACUUCUACGACGAGCCCGCCGCUGCGCAGCUCAAUUUCCUCGCCGUCGGCCACCAACCGGCGCUGCUUCGCGCCACGUCCGCUUCGGCCGGGUAUGGUGUGCCGUCGCUGCAGGACGGCGGGACAGCAAAGGAGGCGGCAGGGGAAGACGGUGUAGCGUCGGCGUCGGCGCAGGCUGCGGUGAACUUCCAAACGCUGUUUGCGCAGGAGCUGCGGACACGGCGCCGCUCGAAGCUGCGCAAGCUCGCAUUAAGCCCGCUGGAGCGGCAGGAGUGGUACAUCGAUGAGAAGCUCAUCAAGUCAAGUGGAGCGCGGGUGGAGCUGAUGAACCAGCUCUCCAAGUGGGACUUGAAGGACUACGACAACUGA